AUGGAAACAAAUCCUAAAGAUUUGACAUAUAUUGAUUUUAAUAAUGAUUGGAAAUGUUAUUGUCAGCAAUCAAAUGAUAACACUGAUGAAAAAACUAUCGUUUCGAAUGCAAAUAACAUCAAUAUAGAUCAAGAUUGGUCUUCUAUUGAAUUACCACAUAUUAUCGAUACAAUUCAACGUAAUAAACGGUCUUGCAAAUGGUGGUAUCGAAAACAAUUUGAGUGGACAUUAACAAAUGAACAAUGUGAGCAACGAGUUUAUCUUAAUUUCGAACCUCUGGAUAGACAUGAUAAACAAUCUAAUAUCAAUGCUAUUAUAUGGCUUAACAGUACGCAAAUCUUUUCAGGUUCAUUAGUAUCAUUGAAGGAUCCGCUAGAAUUAUCUUCAAAGUUAUUCCACACUGGAAACAAACAUCAUAAUAUCUUAGUUAUUUGUUGUAUUAAUACAAAUCUUUUUCUUCAUGCUUAUCUGCUUAUUCAUGGUCAGGUUGUUUGUGCUACAGGACAAGUCAUCAUAGAUGAAAAGCUCCUUGAUGAACAAACAAAUUCAGAUAAAACACCAGACAAUAUUUUUGAUUAUAGAGUUAGUGUUGAUGAUGAUAAUGGACGUAUUAAUGUUACAUUUAAUCCCAAACGAAAAUCAAUAGUUACAUCAACAUCAUUAAAACAUUUUUCUCAAUCGAUUAUAAAUGAAAACCAACCAAAUAAAGAUAGAGAUAAUUUCAAUGAUGAUCUUCUUGUACCUCGUUUAGCUAUUGUCAUACUUAUUGUUGGUACAAGAGGUGACGUUCAACCAUUUAUCGCUCUUGGUCAAAAACUUCAUGCAACCGGUCAUCGUGUACGAUUAGCAACACAUGAAACAUUUCGAUCAUUUGUUCGUGGUAAUGGUCUAGAAUUUUAUCCAUUAGCUGGUGAUCCAGCUGAUUUAAUGUCAUUUAUGGUAAAAAAUGCCGGAAUUAUUCCUUCAAUGAGUAGUAUUAUUGAAGGUGAUGUAGGAAGAAAACGUCGUUCUGUUGCCGAUAUUCUUGCAUCAACAUGGCAAGCAUGCAUAGCCGAUGAUGAUGAAACAAAAUUACCAUUUACAGCUGAAGCAAUCAUUGCAAAUCCACCAUCAUUUGGUCAUAUUCAUUGUGCAGAAAAAUUACAAAUUCCUUUGCAUAUCAUGUUUACUAUGCCUUGGUCACCAACACCUGUCUUUCCACAUCCACUAUCAAAUAUUAAUAGUUCAAUUGGACCAAAAGACAAGAUUAAUUUGUAUUCCUAUGAUGUCAUUGAAAUGCUAACUUGGACGGGUGUGCGUGAUGUUGUGAAUAAUUUUCGUAAGAAAACAUUAGGUCUUAGAGAAUUAAAUACAGGACAAGCAAUAAAUGUAUUAAUUGAUGAAUGUGUACCACAUACUUAUUGUUGGUCACCAUCGCUUGUUGCGAAACCUAAGGAUUGGGGACCACAUAUUGAUGUUUCUGGCUUUUUCUUUCUCAAUCUUGGUACUGCUUAUACUAAUCCACCAAAAGAUCUAUUAGAAUUUCUUGGAAUCAACAAUGAUCGCCAUCAGAUAGAUCAUAAAUUAUCACCACCAAUUUAUAUUGGUUUUGGUUCUAUCACUGGUCAUGAUUCUCGUCGUAUUUUGAAAAUUGUUAUUGAUGCUCUUGAUCGAACUGGAUAUCGAGCUGUAUUAUCUGGUCUUGCGUCAGAUACAGAUCAUCUACCUUCUAAUAUAUUCAAAAUUGGCAAUGUACCGCAUGAUUGGCUUUUUCAAUAUGUAUCAGCUGUGUGUCAUCAUGGUGGAGCAGGCACAACAGCAGCUGGUUUACGCGCUGGAAAACCGACAAUUAUUGUACCAUUUUUUGGUGAUCAAUUUUUUUGGGGUAGAGUAAUUGAAAAGAGUGGGGCUGGUCCGCGUCCGUUACCUGGAAAAUCGAUUACUGUUGAUCGAUUGGUUGAAGCUUUUCAUUUUGUUCAUCAGCCAACUGCACGUGCUGCUGCAGAACGUAUUCGAGAUGCUAUCUUGAAAGAAGAUGGAUGUGCAGCAGCAGUGCAUGCAUUUCAUUCCAAUUUACCUUUAACACGAAUGCAUAGCGAUUUAGAACCAACGUUUGCUGCUUGCUAUCGUUCAGAUAAAUAUAAUAUACAAAUAUCACGUCCCGUUGCUCAAGUACUCGUAGCAGCAGGCGCUCUAGAUGAAUCAGAACUUCGUCAUCAUGUCGUUCGAAAUUGGCAAUUUAUGCAUGAUCAUCGCAUGCAUUUCCUUACUCAUGGUCUUCUUGAACAUUCACAAAAAGCUUUUUCAAGUGUGUUCAUUGAUACUGCUGCAGGCUUAAAACGUGCUGCUAGUAAUGAUAAUAUAGCUAUGGGAACAUUAGAAGGUGUUGGAAGUGUUACAAAAAAUGUUGGUCUAGGUAUUGGUCAUCUAACGAUUGGAUAUUUGUCAUUAUAUGGUGAACUAAGCGAUGCACUCGAUCGUGUUACUUUUAUUUAUGAUCCUUACAAUGAUGCACAGACACGUCCACGACCAAGAGUCACUGAUUUCAAAUCGGGUGCCAAGGCGGCUGGUCUGGCCUUAUGGAAUGGUUGGAAAGAUGGAAUGACGGGCAUUGUAAGGCAACCACGUGCUGGUUAUCAACGACAUGGUGUGUUAGGUGGUGCCGCUGGAACAUUAAUAGCGACUGUCAAUAUUGGUAUGAAACCUGCGGUGGGCACAAUGUCAUCACUCACUUGGCUCAGUCGAGGAACUUAUGCUAGUGUGAGAAAAGCAAUAGAAACUUAUAGAAAUGAAGGAAGACGUAUUUCAAGAAAAUUAUUCGAUACAUCAUUUUCGACACAAGACAAUGAACGAUUACAAGUAGAUGAUGAUGAAGGAAUCUCAUCAGCCGCUAAAAUAGCAGCAAGUAAAUCAGGUUUUCAUCCAAAAGUAUGCCAACAUAUUCUUGACGAAUUUGAAAAAAUUCAAAUAGAAUACGAUCAAAAAAUGGCUUCUUCAAUAAAGAAAUCAAAGAGUAUACCCAAUUUUUUUUCCAACACGAGCAAAACAUUAAAAGCUUUAUCAUCAAAUAGACGUCCAAAUUCAUAG